UUUUAGCGUAUUCCCUCUUUCUUUCACACUCUUUCAUGUUUCUUUAUUGACGUUAGUGAAUGUUAAUGACACCUAUCGCUGAAAUUAACCUCUUACGUCAUAAAAGUAUAGUUACAGAUACUCCACAUAUGGAAACAAUACCUAUAAAUCUUGUUGCUACUGAAGAUGGUAGAACGCUUUUGGCAGUAACUGAACACAAAGACGGUAUGUUAGAAAUUGUUGCAACUCCAGUUAUGCUUGUUGGACAAAAUGAAACAACUUCAUCAUUGGUCGAUAUAAAAAAUUUAAAUGGGAAUUUAAUAUUGCACUCGCCUGUUUUUCAAAUAAAUGUUGAAAAUAUUGUCAAUGACUCAGAAUUUCAGCAGGUAUCGCAAAAUUUUGAAGGCAAUUCUGACAAUAUUGAUCGAGUGAAAUUACAAUUAUGCAAAGAAGUAAAAGACAAAAAAGUAAUUUCUCAGGAAUAUCAGUCUCUUCCUGUAGAUGAUUCAUUAGCUGAUAAAAAAGAGGAAAAGAUUUGUAAACAAAAUACAACAAAUGUAACUGUAAAAAAACAUAAUCUUGGAAGGCCUAAGAAAAAUAAAAUAAAUUUAGAAGAUUCGGAAAGUUUAACAUGCGAAAUUUGUCAUCAAAAAUUUGUUAAACAAACAUUAUAUCGAAAACAUAUGGAAAAUCAUGCAGAAGAGAAACCACAUCGAUGUCCAAAAUGUUCUGCAUCAUUCAAUGUACCGUCAAAUUUUACUUUACACAUGGCAACACAUAAUACAGGUGAACCAAAAUGUCCAGAAUGUGGAAAAAAGUUUGCAAGAAUGGCUAGCUUGAAAUCUCAUAUGUUGUUACAUGAAAAAGAAGAAAAUUUAUUCUGUACAGAAUGUGAAGAUGCCUUCUCGACAAAAACUCAAUUGGAUGCACAUUUAAAACUUCAUGGAGAAAAAUGGGCAAUGGAGGAAAUGCGAAAAUGUAAAUUAUGUAAUAAACAAUUCAGUCAACCAGCUUUGUACAGGCUUCAUAUUCGUGAACAUUAUAGGUUGCAGACAAAAGUAGUGAAACAGACAAAAAAGGGAACAAAACACAAAACAAUGUAUAAGUGUACCAUAUGUUUGAAAUCUUUUCAAAAACCAAGUCAAUUAAUGCGGCAUAUUAGAGUGCAUACUGGUGAAAAACCGUUUAAAUGUACAGUAUGUGGUCGUGCAUUCACGCAAAAAAGUUCAUUGCAAAUUCACACAUGGCAACAUAAUGGUAUUCGACCUCAUGCUUGUGAAUUUUGUAAUGCCAAAUUUAGUCAAAAAGGUAAUUUAAAUGCUCAUAUAAUGAGAGUUCAUAAUAUCCCAGAAGGAGAACCUAUAUAUAAAUGUAAUUAUUGUUCAUGUGUAUUUAAAAAAGUCGGUAGUUUAAAUAGUCACAUGAAACGUAUGCAUACCGACAUAAAUGAGGGAAAUGAUGUUGCCGUUAAUGACGAUACUUUUCCAACUGAUACUAUGGAGUCCGACAUACGUGCGACCGUGGAUAACGUUAUCACACAAUUAGCAUCUUUGGAAUCUGAUGCGCAUCAAACUACGGAAUCAUCAAAUUUCCAAUCUUGUUUAUUAUCAGAAAAUGUGUCGAAGAAAGAUAUACUGCAACAAGCAUUAAAAAACAGUGGUCUAUCCAGUAAAAAUAAAAUUAUUUCCGAAGGUGUAUCAGAAGCAAAAAAAUUUGGAGCUCGUAUUAAUUUUGUCACAUUAUUGGAUCGAGCACCUGACGGUGAUACGAGAAAAUAUUUGACGAUAAAACAACGAUGCGUAGGAAAUGUAAGAUGGUACGCGUGUACUUUUUGUCACAAAGAAUUCAAGAAACCAUCAGAUCUGAUUCGUCAUUUGCGUGUACAUACACAAGAAAAACCUUUUAAGUGUACCUAUUGUUAUCGUUCGUUCGCUUUGAAAUCUACUAUGAUAGCACACGAACGCACACAUUCAAGUGUCAAAAGAUACGUUUGUAAUUCUUGCGACAAAACAUUCGUCUCUCAUGGUAGUUUAAUUGCUCAUACUAGAUUACACGCAAAAUCUGAUAAUAAUAAGGAUUCCAAUAUGCAUAUCACAGUUGAUACUGAUAUUCAUUCUACUAAUCAAUCGAAAACUCAAAUAAAAAAUAUCAAAUCAAAAUUAUCACAAGAAGCAGAAACUCUAGUACCUCAAGUAAUUUUACAAGAACCGUUGCUAAUUAAUGAUGUAGGAAAUAAAAUUUGUGUAGCACAAAUAUCUUCAAAAGAAAAACGUGCUUAUGACGGAACUAUCGACCAAACCAGACCGCACAAAUGUUGGAUUUGUCAGGCAGCAUUCAGAAAGAUUAGUCAUUUGAAGCAGCAUCAUCGUCGUCAUACGGGAGAACGUCCGUAUAAAUGCACAAAAUGCGAUAGGAGAUUUACAUCGAAUAGCGUUUUAAAAUCGCAUUUGCAUACUCAUGAAGAUUCGAGACCCUAUGGUUGUUCAGUUUGUAAUGCAAAAUUUUCAACACAAAGCAGCAUGAAAAGACACAUGGUUACUCACAGUAAUAAAAGACCGUUCAUGUGUCCAUAUUGUCACAAAACUUUUAAAACUUAUGUCAAUUGUCGGAAACAUAUGAAAAUACAUAAACAUGAAUUGGUACAACGGCAACUAGAACAACAGAAAAUCAGAAUUCAAGAACAAUCUUCAGAUAAAUUAAAUUUAAAGGAGAAUUCUAAACAGGAAACGGCUCUCGAAUCGUCUUCCUCUUCUGUCUCUAUCACAACUAUUAAUUCCACCAUUACCACCAAUAUUGCUACCACUACUACUACUCCCGCUAUCGUCACAACAUCCUCUUCUACAUUUUCAGAUAAUCUUGUACUUUCUCGACUUGGAUCAGUUGAAUUAUCAUUUCAAUCACAACUUGGGUCAGAGUUUUCGCAAACUUUUCCCGAGUUUCAAAACAUAGCUGAAGAAAAAGAAAAAAUAAGAGCCGUUUUACCAACAAAUUGCGAUGCCACAACAUUUAUCAACCAGAACAUAUCGGGAAUAGCUGUAACGAGUCUUGAAAAUUCACAGAUAUUACACGCCGAUGAAGCUGGUUCAGUUACAUUGCCGAUUUAUUCCGGCGAUCAGACACUUACACCAGAAAGCAUACGGGAAAUAGAAGAAACAUUGAAUCAACAAUUUUUUAAUAUAGGGAUGAAUCUUAACCUAGGAAGUAAUCAGUCGAGACAUUCGAAUAAUACAAAUACGAAUGAUUUCGAUCAUAUGAAAGAACAACAGCCUGUAAUGAAUGUAAUAUAUGAAAAUAAUAAUAGCGAUAAUAGUGAUAGUAAUGUAGAAACAUCUAGAGAACAUGUUUUUUCGUCACAAUUAGAUUCAUUUGAGAUGGAUCAUAUUGCUUUGCAAUCCGACGCUGAAAUCGACAUCGGUUUAGAUACAAGAAAUUCAACUAAUAUGGCGAGUAUAUUGCCUAGAAAUGUGAAAAAUGAACAUGAAUUUUCUGUUUGUGUUACGACAUCAGAUAAUACAAACGUUGAACAAACAGAGAGAUCUGGUAUGCAAGCAGUAGUAUUUGUUUCUCAGCAAAAUUUUCCUAGAAAAGAGGGGGUAGAAGAUAAAUUUGCAAUAGAAGAGACUCACAAGAGCAAUAUCAUCCAUAAGCAAUGUACAAUCAACCCGAUAUUUUUUACAGAAGAAUUUCGAGAAACAUCGCAAAAUUUCAAGACUCAAUCAAAUACGCGCAGUUUGUCAUCCGAUGUUACAGAAAUUAAAGUCGCUACGAGUAAGAUAUCUCGUGGACAAUCUUUAUUACAAUGUCAUAUGUGUAAUCAACAAGGAUUCACAACGAUUGCAUUAAAAGAACAUUUGACAAGCCAUCGUGGAACAAAAGAAUAUCAAUGUACGGAAUGUUCUUCAAAAUUUUACACAAAUGCUGGAUUAAAUAGACACUCAAAGAUUCAUUUUAUUAAACAAUUAUAUAAAUGUUCGUCGUGUGACAAAUAUUUUAAUGAUAAGAUCGAACUACAAUCGCACUCUAAAAUUCAUGAGAUUCCAAUAUGGAAUGCAUCAGAAAUAAAUAGCACGACAGAAAAUUCAACACUUUCUUCGGAAAUGCAACCAGUUGUAAAUGGUCAUUCAUCUUUAAAUAUCAUAAUAGAUACAGAUUCUGCAGUUUCGGAAAAAGUUCUGUUAGAUACGGUAGCAGAAAAAGAAGUAAUGGAUCGAGUGGAAAAUAUCUUGGUCGAGGAAAAGGAACGGAAGGAAUAUACGAAUAAGUGUAAAUAUUGUCCGAAAACAUUUCGCAAACCAAGUGAUCUUAUAAGACAUACACGUACACACACAGGAGAACGACCGUAUAAGUGCAAUUACUGUAAUAAAAGUUUCGCUGUAAAAUGUACUUUGGAUUCACAUACGAAAGUUCAUACCGGAAAAAAAACAUUUCGUUGUCACGUAUGCAACAGUUUAUUUGCGACCAAAGGUAGUUUGAAAGUUCAUAUGCGUUUACAUACAGGUUCGAAACCAUUUAAAUGCCCUAUUUGUGAUUCGAGAUUUCGAACUUCCGGUCAUAGAAAAGUGCAUUUAUUGAAACAUGCACGUGAAUAUAAAGAUAAUCCAAAAAGAAAACAAAAACAUUUAAAAGUUACGGCUAUAGCCGAAGUGGCAGCUAAUCUUGAAAAAUGUGAAAGAAAAGAGAAGGAAGUAAAUAACUUUGAUACAAAGCAACAACUAUCACAGGAACAGCUUUCCCAAACAGGAUUAAUUUCUCAUUUGGAUGCAUAUAGUAUCGAAACAGCUGCUUCCUGUUUAUCCGAUCAAAUUAACUUCGACACGGAAGGUGUCGCGUCAAACAACAAUCAAACAAUUGUAUCGAUAAAUGAAAACAAUCAUUUAGUUACCAAUUUACAUUUUCUUUUAACAAAUGGUCUUGUUACCAUUCAAACCGAAGAAUCGUUACUUCCACAAUCGUCAAAUGACAAUUUGCAUCAUCGACCGACUAUAAUUUCCGAUGCCGAGUGUACAUUAACAACAUCUAGUCUAGCAUCCGAUACUAAUAAUGAAAAUACUAAUAAGAAUGAAAAUCAUAUAGAAUUGAUGUUAAAAACACCAUCGAGUAAUUGUCUUUUAACGGUACCAACGCUGACACCGCAGUUAGAAUCAUUUUCAAAGAUGCCUGCGCAAAAGGCGUUGCCAACAGUAUCGGAUAAAGUAACAAUUAAAGGGAAUUCAUCCAAGAAAGAAUGUGACAUUUGUGGGAAAACAUUUACAAAACCUUAUCAAGUCGAAAGACAUAAACGAAUUCAUACCGGUGAAAGGCCAUACAAGUGUGAUUUAUGUACAAAAUCAUUUGCUCAAAAAUCAACUUUACAGAUGCAUCAAAAACAUCAUACUGGCGAUCGUCCAUAUGCUUGCUCGUAUUGUGAAUAUUCCUUUACGCAAAAAGGCAACCUUCGAACACACGUGAAACGUGUUCAUCAAUUGGAUACUGUUGACACGAAGAAAUGGAAUCGUAUACGUCAAUCUUUCUUACCCAAAACAUAUAAUCAAGAAAACACAAUCGAAACUAAGAAUCUAAAUUUAGAUAAUAUAUCGUUUGUUGAACUUCUUAAGGAAUGAUAUGCAACUGGUACAAAUUAUUAUUGAUUUACUUUUUCAUUAACUAUGACGACUUUGAUAAUUUCAGAAUAUCGAUAAAAUGAUAGAGACAAUAAUAAAUAUUCGAUGUUCUUCCAAUAUAUAAGUUAAAUAAUUGGUUCGUAAUAUUUUACGAAUAAAUAUAAUCUAAUCGCGUCCAAUGUAUAAAAUUCGUCGAUUUGUAUGAAAGUGAAAAUAAAUUUUUAACGUGUAAUAUUAAUAUUACAUUUUAAUAUUGAAA